CAUAUAAAAAGCGGCGUGUCUCCCUCUGAAAGUCACACACUUAGUUGCCAGUCGUUCAGCGCGAUAAACGCUUCACCAAAUCGACACAAUGAGAGAACCCAAGGAUCUGGCUGAGUUCAGGCAAAUCCUGAAGGAUGCUGGAGACAAGCUGGUUGUGGUGGAUUUCACCGCCACCUGGUGCGGCCCCUGUAAAAUGAUUGGUCCACAGUUUGCGGAACAAGAGUCGAAGCCUGAGAACGCUAACGUGAUUUUCCUGAAGGUGGAUGUGGAUGAAGCUGAGGAUAUAAGUAAGGAUUGCCAGAUCAGCUGCAUGCCCACCUUCCACUAUUACAAGAACGGAGUCAAGGUGUUCGAGUUCUCCGGCGCCAACAUCGACACGUUGAUUCUAAACCUGGAAGUACACAGAAAAUAAAAUCCCAGCGACCGAUCCACGCUCCCCCGUUGUGUUCCUCCCACAGGAGCCCCCGUCGCCCCCCCUGUACAUGCCGAAGAAAUUCCAGUGACACUGAAUCAGGUCUUCUGUUCCUCACAGGCAAUAGUUGUGAGUGCCAUCGUCACGACGACGUACUACUCGUCCUGUUCACCGUUAGUUUUGACUGGCUGACGUUAGAUUAAACCCGAUGCGCACUUUUAAGUCUGUUUUUAUAUCCUCACUCCUGAACUUCCGUUUGUACGUCGUGUUCAACAAGGUGGAUUUAAUAAACGAUGAAGAUUGGUCACUGGAA